CCUAACGUUCCAUUUCUCAUUUCUCAUUUCUCUCUGAUCCAUAACGGUCACAUUUGCAUUCUUCACUAUCACGUGCACACACAUCAUCACUCUCACUUAGCGCUUUCUUGGUUUGCACUCACUCACUCAUCUCUUUCUCUCUCUCAUCAAUGGAACCCGCGAAAAUUGAUUGGAAGAGACUAGAGUGGAGCUUCGUGGAAGACGAGCUCUACGAGCACAUCAACGCGCCCAAGUGGGUUGACUUCUUGUCCCUUGACCACUCCCUCGAUGAUCAUGCUGAUGAAGCUUGGUUCUGCAAACCUGAUUGCAAACAUCCCAAGACAGCAGAGGAUUUUCUGAGAUCAGCAACUCCUUCCAAGAAGGGUUUUAGCCCGGGUUAUGUUUCAGAGAAUCUUCCAAGUGGUGACAAAAUUAGAAGGUACAGAGAUGUGAAAAUCAAGAGAAGGGUGCCAGCAAUGUCAUCAGCUUCACCCCAAGCUGAUAAGUUCAGAUUCAACCAAGAAAGUGAAAACCAAAACCCAAAUUUGUUUACUCCUCCUCCUACUAAGGAGGUUAACCCCGUGAAGGAAGCAAUCAAGUCUAGUGAAGAGAAGAAGAAACUGGUUGAUAAUGAUGACACAUUAGAGGAUCAUAAGGUGCCUUCAUUGAGAUCAACUCUAUCCGCCAAGAAUUUGUUUGCGGGGAGGCCUAUUCUGAAUCAAAUCACGGAAUUCUGCAAUGAAUUGAAGAAAUUAGCAAUAAGAGCUAAGGAGAGAGAGAAUGCUGAAAAUUUGAGCCCAAAAGAGAGUGAAGAGGUUGUGGAGAAGACCCCUUGUUCUGUUCAAGCUUUGGCUGAGUCCGAUCAAAAAGAGAAAGAAAGGAAGCCACUGCUUGAAGUGAGUAAGACUGAGAGAUUGGAGGGGAUGAGUGUUAAAGGGAAGCAACAGAGAAAAAAAAGACCUGAUGAGGCAGAGAACAACAACAUGUCAAUAACUCUUGACCUGGAGAAUCUAAAGCACAAGAGGGAGGGGACCUUACAACAAAUUAGAACGAAUCCUCCCUCUCCUCAGUGCUUCUCUGCGGCACGUGGAUUAAACAAACCUAUCCCUUCAAAGGCUUCCAAAUCCCGGCUAAUGGAGAGAGGAAUACUUGGAGAAAUUGAACAAAACAAGGAAAUUGUGAAGGAGUCUCCUGCAGAGAAGAGCAGAAGCACUUCAAUAGUUGAUGGAAGAGAAACAAAAGCCUUGGACAUGUUUUGGUUCUUGAAGCCUUGCACACUGUCAGGCUGAAUGAAUUUAUUGAAAACUUAGGCAAAAAGAUUAUUUCAUUCUUUCAUUCUUUCAUUUAGGUCGAUAGUCAUUCUUUAUAGCUGUAAUCAUUCAUUAUUAAUUUGUUGUCUUAUGUUUGUACCAUUGAUAGAAGAAUGUGAAACUGACGAUUCAAUCAAUACACAUGUACUGAAACAAUGAUUUUAUUAGUAUUUAUAAAACAAAAAUGACCAAA